UUCAGUCGACAAUUAAAGUGCCUCCUAUGAAUUUAUUAUGAUUCACUUGCUGGACAUCCUAACCUUCCUCUCCGCCACACAUACCUUGCAUACGUACUGAAUCCCCCUGAAUGAUGUACUCAUACAAGUACUACAAAAGUCAUCGCCAUACAGCCAUUUGUAAGCGGACAUCCACGUGAAACGAAGAAGUAUUUCUGAGCCUGAUAAUUUUUUAUAAAAUGGAACGUGACGAGCAUUAAAAAUGGCGGCGCGGCCGAACAGGCCUCGCGGAUGGCUUCGGCCUUUAGCCUAUGCACUGCCGGCUUCGGGUUUUGGUGUAAUGAAUUAUCAAACGGGUUCCCUGUGUUGUUGGGUAAGGCCUGGUGCUAAAUAACUAUCCAAGAUGGCGGCGGCGUUGUAGAUUGUUCCACAAGAUGAAGUUAGACGACAGCGUGGUCCGUUCUCUGCGAGUUGCCAAGGUAUUCAGAGAAAACAGUGACAAUGUCAACCAUAUGGCAUUCUCUGCUAACGGCGAAUCGCUGAUUACAAGUAGCAAUGAUGAUUCAAUAGUCAUUUACGAUUGUGUCGACGGAAAACCGAAAAAGACGAUUUACAGUAAAAAGUAUGGAGUAGCAAACAUCCAAUACACCCAUGCUCAAAACACAGUUAUUCACACCUCUACAAAAGUUGAUGAUACAAUACGUUAUUUGUCUCUACAUGAUAACAAGUAUCUCAGAUAUUUUCCUGGUCACACUAAAAGAGUGACAACUCUUCACAUGUCGCCAGUAGAAGACACGUUCGUGUCUGGGUCGUUGGACCGUACCCUCAGAAUAUGGGACUUAAGGUCUCCCAACUGUCAGGGACUGAUGCAUGUAAAUGGUAGGCCUGUGGCGGCCUUUGACCCUGAGGGUCUCAUCUUUGCUGCUGGUAUUGACUGUGAAAUGAUAAAGCUCUACGACCUUCGAUCAUUUGAUAAGGGCCCAUUCUCUACAUUUCAUAUACAGACAGAUCCAAACAUUGAAUGGAAUUCCAUCAAGUUUAGCUAUGAUGGGAAGAUGAUUCUCCUUUCCACCAAUGGGGGAUCCAUUUACCUGAUUGAUGCCUUCCAGGGAACCCAGCUACAUGCAUUCACUGGGCAUGCAGUGUCAAAAACAAACCCUUGUGAGGUGACAUUUAGCCCAGAUUCUCAAUAUGUCAUAUCAGGCUCCCAAGAUGGGAAAGUGCACUUUUGGGCAUCCGACAGCGGCCAUAAGAUAUCUACACUAGAAGGGAACCACCCUGGUUCUACACGGUGUGUCAAGUUCAACCCCAAGUUCAUGAUGCUUGCAAGUGCAUGUACUAACAUGGCAUUUUGGCUACCAAAUCUUGAAGAUCUACCAGAGGCAAACAGAUAGUUAAAAAGAUGUCAGCCCAAGAUUAUUGAAAUCUUCAUUUCCUUAUUAUAUUAUACUGGUGUUGUCCCUCUGUGAGGACAUUGCAUGACAGCCUUCUAAACCACACGACAUCCUUUCAAUACAAGACAGUUUUUACAAUGACGUCCUUUCAAUACAAGACAGCUUUUACAAUGACGUCCUUUCAAUACAAGACAGCUUUUACAAUGACAUCCUUUCAAUACCAGACAGCUUUUACAAUGACGUCCUUUCAAUACAAGACAGCUUUUACAUUUGUAGCUUACACGGAUCUUAAGCACUACGAAAUAGAAAAAGAGAGAGGGUUAAUUUAGUGGGUUAACAAUUAAAACCAGUGACAAUAGUGCGCUCAUGUGUUUACUGGGUUUUUAUCUGCAAAUGCUUUUUAACAACCUUUUUUUAUGUAUUUGAUAAAAUUUUGUUUUGGAGGUUGUAUCUUGUCUUUGUGAACAAAUAGCUAAACCCUAUCCUGAUAACCUGGCUAUAUCAUACAUAGGUACCAGAGUGGCCUGUAUAUUGUUUUUAUGUUACUGUAUACCAAAGCAGUCCUUAUUGUAGUCGAAUGUAAAUAAAUGACACACUUUUGAAAA